UAUAAAAACAAAGGGCGAAAGGCAUGCCAGUUGAGACAGAACCUCAAGUAAAUGUAACACUGUCUCUGCAUCGGAUAGGGAGAAGCAUAAUGGACACUCUGAAAUCCCUCAACUUAUCAGCAUCAAACCCUUUUCAUUUCCGUUCCAAACUCUCUCUUUUUCGUCAAACAUUCAAUCUACUUCACUUCAAACCCUCACUUUCUUCUUCUCCUCGCCUCUUUCCCCUUUCAUACUCCUCUCUCACCAAUGGUUCUGCUGUUCCUGCUGCUGCUGAGAUAAGCAAGGAAGGUACUUUGCCUAGAGGUGUUGGAGAAGGGGUUAAUGAAGCUUCACAUCCCAAGAUUCUUCAAGUUGUUCUUGUUUCCCCUCAGAUUCCAGGAAACACCGGCUGCAUUGCUAGAACAUGUGCAGCAUCAGCUGUUGGACUACACUUAGUUGGGCCCUUGGGAUAUAAGGUGGAUGAUACCAAACUAAAGCGAGCUGGAUUGGACUACUGGCCAUACGUGGUUGUCAAAAUUCACGAUUCUUGGGAAUGUUUUCGUGAUUAUUUCUUGCAACAGGAAGGUGAAAAGCGAUUGCUAGCAUUCACAAAGAGAGGAACAAAAAUUCAUUCGGAUUUUUCCUACAGAAAAGGUGACUAUCUAUUAUUCGGUGCUGAAACUACUGGUCUUCCGCCCGAAGCGUUGUUAGACUGCAAAACCGAACCAUUUGGUGGCGGGACUCUUAAGAUCCCGAUGGUUGAAACGUACGUCAGGUGUUUGAAUCUAUCGGUAAGUGUUGGCAUAGCUUUGUAUGAAGCUUCUAGGCAAUUAAACUAUGAAUCACUUCAGAUACCUUCGGAAUCUUCAUGUAUUGAUACUGAGGAGGAAUCAUUUGUUACUGAAGACAUUUUUGGCUGAUCAUUAUAAUACAGAGAACAUUCCUUUGUGUUUUUGACUAAAUAUAGCACAUAGACAACAUUUUCUUCUAAUCACAAUGUUGUUGGGAUGAGAAUAUGUUUCUGAUGUGAAAGUGGGUUCUUUGUCCAAGCAAAGACUGAAUGUGGGUGCAUCUAUUCCUCUCUAGGAAGGAAAAACAUGGGGUCUAGAUGAUGAGCAACUAGCCAAAUGCAUGGUUUUGAGUACAAGUACAAUGAAUUUGUUAUUAGAAGAACAUAAAAGGACAGAAGAUAGAUUUUAAACUUGCGCCAUCUUCGAAAUUAAACUUGACACUCCCGCAUAUUUUCUUAAUUCUGCAAUUGCCUCUCGAUAAAUUUUAGUGAAAAAGUGCGAAUGAAAUUUUUUGGUAGUUCAUUUUUAAAUUGUCGGCAUGAAUUUUUUAGCGGUUUUUUUUAAAAUAAAUUUAACAUGCCAGAUUCUUUUGAUUAAUCUAGUAUCUUUUAUCAUUUUCCGGAUUUUU